AGCUUUCGUUUUCGUUGUCAAGUACAAAAAAAACUGUUAAAAAUGGCGUCGCUUUCUCUCUCGUGUAAACCGUCAGUUAAUACUACUUUCUCUCUCUACAGCAAUAGCCAUAGCUAUGGUUUCCUCUCUCUUCGAACUCAGCAGAAGAAGAAAACCGAGCUAGUCAAUUUUGUUACUCGAUCAGCUCAGAUUUUGAACUUGAAUUCCAGCUCGAGUUUGAGCGAGCUUAGAUUUUCGAUUGGAAACGAGAGCAUAAUGGCGGUGAAGAAUAGGAGGAGGAGGGGAUCUGGUGCGGUGUGUUAUGCUGCGCCACUCUCUGUUCGGAAUCUUCAAUGGAUCUCCACAAUUUCUUCUGUGGUUUUAAUGCUUGUUAAGGGAACUGGUAUUCAUAAAUCUUUUCUCAUUCCAUUGUUUGCCUUACAAGCACCAGCAAGUAUCGUCGCAUGGAUUAAGGGUGAGUAUGGUAUUUGGGCUGCAUUCCUAGCUCUAGUUGUUCGCCUCUUUUUCUCUUUUCCUGGUGAGCUCGAGUUGCCAUUUCUGGGGUUAUUGUUGGUGAUUGUGGCUCCUUAUCAAGUUAUGAACCUUAGGGGAACACAAGAAGGGGCUAUAAUAUCAUUGGUGAUUGCUGGAUAUUUAGCAUUCCAGCAUUUUACACGAACAGGAAGCUUGCAGAAAUCAUUUGACCAAGGUUCAAUUGUUGCCACCAUAGCUAUCAUUUGUACCACUGUUGUAUCAUUGUUGCUGCUUAUUUAAUCUUUUGUAAUCCUCAGAAUAAUAGCAAGUUGUUUGAAAUAAGUAUGUAAGUGAUGUCUUCGAUUUUUGUUUGUUUGUUUGUUUGUUCUUUACCUUGUUAGAUUAGGUGUAUGAAUAUCUUGUUCAGCAAAUGCAAUAAGAAAUAAUAGCUGUGGUGCAUUGUAAAUGUAAAUUUGAACUUAUUGUAUUUUUGUUUAUAUGAGCCAAUAAGUUAACUUGUGCAUUGUGCUUCCA